AUGCAUUUCUUCUUUCUGACAGCCGUAGCUUUCAUCAUCGCCAGUUUAUCUGUCGACGCAUCAGUCGCAAGAGAUCCACGAGGACAUGUUCCCAACAGGAUUGAUAUCGAUACUCUGAACUCGAGUUCAGGCACGAAGCUCUUACAGAAGAAUAGUGGUGGGUUUGCUGGCGAGGAGAGGGCGCCCGUCAUAGAAAAACUUAAGGCGUUUUUCAAGUCUUCCUCGGUGACUCAAGACAAGCUUCAGCAAUGGCUAGACAAGGGACUACCUGCUGAUAAAGUGUUCAAGAACAUGAAACUCGACAAACCAAACGAGGGUACUAAAAUGAGGUGCACUAUAUAA